AUGUUGCCAGCCGUCCUAGUGUCUCCUGAAUUUCACAACGGCAUCCAUGACGUGUUUUCUAGAUCCUGCAUUUCCACUAGAUCCGACGCCUACCUCCCUUCUCGACCACCUCCCCCUCCUGUCUGGUUUCGCCUCCUACUCAUGCUUCUCGUGAGAAUAUAUGCUCCAGGCAUCCCCAGCCCCGUCUCGAUGAAAGGCUCCAGAGACACCCAAACCCGCCGCUUCCAUCCACAUGAUGUGUGCGAUUUUUGUAUCUUGAUGCGUAUCAACGCCCUGUAUGCAGUGAUUGAAAGUCGAGUAAAAAAAAAAAAAACAAUGGUAAAUGCAAGUCUUGGUAACAAGAAUCUGGCGUGUUUGGACCGGCCGUUAAGCAAAAAUGCAGUAACCAGCAAGACAUUGCCUUGUGCUCUUCUGUAA